ACUCGGCCGAGCCGUCCGAGGCGCCGCGCUCCGUCUGCUCCCGGCAGGGAGAAGCUGCUUGGUUUCUGGCUGCCUCUGAGAGCAUAUGUGCAGGCUGCAGGACACAGGACACUCCUUCGCAGGUGCGAUGACACAGCAGCCCCAGGAGGACUUUGACAGGAGCGUGGAGGAUGCCCAGGCAUGGAUGAAGGUGAUACACGAGCAGCUUCAGGUCAAUGACAACACGAAGGGGCCCCGAGCGGCCCUGGAGGCGAGGCUGCGAGAGACAGAGAAAAUCUGCCAGCUGGAGCCUGAAGGAUGCAUGAAGGUGGAACUGGUCCUGCGGGCGGCGGAGGCCCUCCUGGCAACUUGCCAGGAGGGCCAGAAACCUGAGAUCCUGGCCCAGCUGAGGGAUAUCAAGUCUCAGUGGGAGGAGACGGUCACCUACAUGACUCACUGCCACAGUCGCAUCGAGUGGGUGUGGCUGCACUGGAGCGAGUACCUGCUGGCCCAGGACGAGUUUUACCGCUGGUUCCAGAAGAUGGUGGUCACACUGGAGCCCCCCGUGGAGCUGCAGCUGGGCCUGAAGGAGAAGCAGUGGCAGCUGAGCCACGCCCAGGUGCUGCUGCACAAUGUGGACAAUCAGGCUGUGCUCCUGGACAGGCUGCUGGAGGAGGCGAGCUCCCUGUUCAGCAGGAUUGGGGACCCCAGCGUGGAUGAAGAUGCCCAGAAGAGGAUGAAGGCUGAGUACGAUGCCGUGAAGGCCAGAGCCCAGCACAGGGUGGACCUCCUGGCCCGGGUGGCCCAGGACCAUGAACAGUACCGGGAAGAUGUGAACGAGUUCCAGCUGUGGCUGAAGGCCGUAGUGGAGAAGGUGCACAGCUGCUUGGGGAGAAACUGCAAACUGGCCACAGAGCUUCGCCUUUCUGCACUGCAGGACAUCGCCAAGGAUUUCCUUAGGGGUGAGGAGUCUUUGAACAGAUUGGAGGAGCAGGCUGUGGGUGUCAUUCGUAACACCUCUCCUCUGGGUGCAGAGAAGAUCUCAGGGGAGCUGGAGGAGAUGCGGUCUGUCCUGGAGAAGCUGAGAGUCCUCUGGAAAGAGGAGGAUGAGAGGCUGCGGGGCCUGCUUCAGUCCAAGGGGGCCUGUGAACAGCAGAUCCAGCAACUGGAGGCAGAACUGGGAGAGUUCAAGAAAGGCCUUCAGAGGCUGGCUCAGGAGGGCUUGGAGCCCAUGGUGAAGACAGCCACAGAGGAUGAGCUGGUGGCCCAGUGGAGGCUGUUCUCGGGGACUCGGGCUGCACUGGCUUCAGAGGAACCCCGUGUAGACCGGUUACAAACUCAACUGAAGAAACUUGUCACCUUCCCGGACCUGCAGUCACUCUCUGACAGCGUGGUAGCCACCAUUCAGGAAUACCAAAGUAUGAAGGGGAAGAAUGCCAGGCUCCACAAUGCGACCAGGGCAGAGCUGUGGCAGCGUUUCCAGCGGCCCCUCAAUGACCUGCAGCUGUGGAAGGCCCUGGCCCAGAGGCUCCUGGACAUCACCACCAGCCUGCCCGACCUGGCCUCCAUUCACACCUUUCUACCCCAGAUUGAGGCUGCCCUAACUGAGAGCUCCCGCCUGAAAGAGCAGCUGGCGAUGCUGCAGCUGAAGACGGACCUGCUGGGCAGUGUCUUUGGCCAGGAGAGAGCAGCCACCCUCCUGGAUCAGGUGACAAGUUCCGUGAGGGACAGAGACCUACUGCACAACAGCCUUCUUCAGCGGAAGAGCAAACUUCAGAGCCUGCUUGUUCAGCACAAGGACUUUGGGGUGGCUUUUGACCCCUUACACAGGAAGCUCCUAGACCUCCAGGCCAGGAUCCAAGCUGAGAAAGGGCUUCAGCGCGACCUUCCUGGAAAGCAGGUCCAGCUCCUAAGGUCACAGGGGCUGCAGGAGGAGGGGCUGGAUCUGGGGACCCAGAUCGAGGCUGUGAGGCCUCUUGCCCAUGGCAACCCUAAGCAGCAGCACCAAGUGGACCAGAUCUCCUCUGACCAGCAAGCCCUGCAGAGGUCCCUGGAGGACCUCGUGGACAGGUGUCAGCAGAACGUACGGGAACACUGUACCUUCAGUCACAGGCUGUUGGAGCUACAGCUAUGGAUCACCACGGCCACACAAACGCUGGAGUCACACCAAGGGGCUGUGCGUCCGUGGGAUGCUGAGUCCCAAGAGGCUGGACUUGAGAGGCUGCUGUCUGAAAUCCCAGAGAAAGAGGUCCAGCUGUCCCUGCUCCAAGCACUGGGCCAACUUGUGAUGAAGAAGUCUUCCCCAGAGGGGACAGCCGUGGUCCAGGAGGAGCUGAGGAAGCUGAUGGAGUCUUGGCAGGCCCUGCGGCUGCUGGAGGAGAAUGUGCUGAGUCUCACGAAAAACCAGCCACUGCAGAGGACAGAGGUAGACACGGGCAAGAAGCAGGUUUUCACCAACAACAUCCCGAAGGCCGGCUUUCUCAUCGACCCUCAGGACCCCAUUCCCAGGAGACGGCAUGGGGCAAACCCACUGGAAGAACAUGACCUUCAUGAAGAUCAUCCUCAGCUCCUGAGGGACUUUGAACAGUGGCUGCAGGCAGAAAACUCCAAGCUACAUAGAGUCAUCACAAUGAGAACAGCCACAGCCAAGGACUUGAGGACCAGAGAGGUGAAGCUGCAGGAGCUGGAGGCUCGAAUUCCAGAAGGCCAGCUCCUCUUUGAGAACCUGCUUCGUCUCAGGCCAGCAAGGGAGCCCUCCAAUGAGCUGGAAGAUCUGCGCUACCGGUGGAUGCUGUACAAGUCCAAGCUUAAGGACUCUGGCCACCUGCUGACGGAGAGUUCUCCAGGGGAGCUGACUGCAUUCCAGAAGAGUCGGCGGCAGAAGCGAUGGCGGAGUCCCUGCUCUCUCCUACAGAAAGCAUGCCGCGUGGCCCUGCCGUUGCAGUUGCUGCUCCUGCUCUUUCUGCUGCUGUUAUUCCUGCUGCCGGCUGGUGAGGAGGAGCGCAGCUGCGCUCUGGCCAACAACUUCGCCCGCUCCUUUGCGCUCAUGCUUCGGUACAACGGGCCCCCGCCCACCUAGCCCACUGGGCGCACAGGUGACCUUCUGCAGUCCCUCCAAGGCUGGCUGCUGGGGGCACAGUAGCCGAUCAGACACCCAGAGCAGCCUUAGACCAAAUGCUGCAUCUGUUCCCAGAACAAACUUGCCUUUUUCUACGAUGCUGCUUCUGUCUAUUUAUACUAAAUGUGUACUGUGUGUGGUUAGGGACUAUGUACAGAAUUUUUAUAUGCCAUGUCUAUACAUGCUCAGUGUAGAUGACUUCAGAUACAAUGUCUCUUUGU